CUCUUUCCGAUUAAACUAGUAGCUGGAGUAACAAUGAAGCAAGAAGAUACCUUCUACUUCAACUACCGGCCAAAGAGAAUGCAAAGGAGACUCAAACAAUCUCAGAUGCAAGAUUUCCUGCUGGAACAUCCUCGCUGUCAUUGCUUCCUGGUAGGAUCUGGAUGUACUAUAAUCCUCAUUCUUGUGGCAGCCCUCACAGGACUGGGGAUUUGGGCCUUGCAGCUCCAGAGAACCCCAGAUGUUCAGGAUAAAACCCCUGCAACUGAAACAGUCAGCAAUGUGUCAGCAGGAGAUAAGUGGAACAAGCUGCGGCGAUUUCUGUGUAAGCCCCAUUGUGACAAUUCCACAGGGAAUUUGAAGCUGUGUCCCAAAGACUGGGAGCUUCAUGAGAACAAGUGCUAUUGGAUCUCAAGGGGAAAGCAGACCUGGACUAAGAGUAGGGGUGACUGCAGAGCCCAAAAUUCUGAACUUGCAGUUUUGAAAGAGCAGGCAGAACUGAACUUCAUACAGGGUAUCAGCAACGGGGCACAACUGUUGUGGAUAGGACUCUUCGCAAAUUCCAGCACCCAUACGUGGUUGUGGGUGGACAAUUCCCCAUUUAAUAAUAAAGGGCUGCCGAUCAUAGCCGAGGCUCAAGGAAGCAGCUGUGCAAUGUUGAAGGGAUCUAAAAUCAUCUCGGAAUCUUGCAGUGCUGUGACCAAGUGGAUCUGUCAGACAGAAGCUCUGGUGAUCUAAAUCAUUGAAGAGAAAAACUAGAAAGGACUCUGGAAUUGUAAUUACACUGGUGAGGAAUCUAGGUAGUCUUCGACUUACAACAAUUCAUUUAGUGACCAUUCAGUUACAACUGAAAAAAGUGACUUAUGACCAUUUUUUACGCUUGUGACCACUGAAGCAUCCACAUGGUUAUGUGAUUUAUAUCCAGAAGCCUGUCAACUGAUUCACAUUUAUGGCGGUUGCAGUGUCCAGGGGUCACGUGAACACAUUUUGCGACCUUCUGAUGAGCAAAGUCAGUGGGGAAGCCAGGUUCAUAUCACAACCAUAUUACU